AUGAGGGAUCAUCGCAUUUCCGUCUUGGGGAGAAUUGAUCUAAAGUGUAGUUCCAAGUCAUUGGAGGACGUUUACGAUUUCUACAGAAAAAGGGAGUACCUGAAGGUACCCUCCUUCAGCGUCCACUUGAAAGCGUCCACUUGA